AUGGCAAAGGUGUUCUCCAAAAUUACCAGACAGCCGUGGACUGGUAUCUCCGGGCGGCCGAGCAAAGGCUAUGCUGUUGGUCAGCGCAAAGUCGGCGUUCUCUACAAUCACGGACUCGGCGUCAAGCAGGAUUACUCGACAGCCCUGGCCUGGUAUAUCAAAUCUGCCGACCUAGGAAACGGCUCGGCCAAAACUAACAUCGGUUAUUUCUACAGUCACGGACAAGGGGUUCAUCUGGAUUAUUCAAAAGCAAUGGAGUGGCUCCUCAUGGCUGCCGAUCAAGGAGACCCCCGUGGCACAAUAGAGAAUCGGCGUUACCGCGACGGCCGAGGCGUGACCCCAGGACUACGCCAAGGCUAUGGAAUGGUUUCUGAAUCUGCGGAUCAGGGAUUCGCUCAAGCCCAACACGAUAUCGGAGGUUUAUACGAACACGGUCAUGGUGUUCUCAAGGACAAGGGCUGUGGCGUUGAAGUGGUAUAA